CAGUAAUAAACAUAUGAUUUGCCAAAAAUAGUAAAUAAAAUAAAAAAAAUUUAAAAAUUAAAUAAAUUAUUUAAUUCGAUAAACAAUUGAAAUGUAAAACAAUUAUUGCGAUCACUUCUUCAGUCACAAUGGUUUAUAUUAAUUCAAGAGGUGAGAUUGUGUCCAACCGAUCACUCAGUUGGUCCACACCUUUACAGCUAUUGAUAGCAGUCAUCAAUUUUAUAGUAUUCUUUCUACAAUCACUGCUGCCCUUUGGAUCCCGUUUUGGUGAUUCCCAAUCCAAUCACAACAGAGGAGGAGGAGGAGGUGGUGGUGGCGGCGGUGGUGGUAGAAGACCUCCAAAGAGCAACUUUAGGUCAUUUAGUUCGGGCGGAUGUGGGCCGGGAUCGCCUCCAAUGGCUGGCGGAUGAGGUUAAGCACCGAGUCGUUGAACCUGUAGGUAUCCUAACGACUCAUUCAAUCUAAUGUUUUAACGGAUUGUCAAAUAUGACGCAAUCUUCAAAAAGUUUGCAAUAACUCGAAGAUUAGCUGAAGAGAUAUAAUCUGUUAGACAUUAACUCUAAAAUUGUUAUUUGUUUACAAUCUUUUGAU